GGGGCCUAAAGAAAGGAGGAAGCCGUCGUUGGAAGGGGGGGCGUCGCACGGGGGCCGCUGAGGUAGAUCGGAAUCCCACUGGGCGCCUUCGAAUCCGGGCCACCGCUUCCUCCCCUCCCCCCUCGCUCUGUUAACGGUCUUCUCCCGUAACGUCGCCAUGACGUAUCCAGGUUUCGGAGCGUAUGGCGCAUACCGUGGUCAGGUGCCAAUGCAAAUGGCAAUGGGCCAGCCAGUCCCUGGAGGAGUACCAAGUGUGGCCCAUGGUGGAUCUUCUGGAUAUUCUGUUUACGCUGGUGCCUAUGCUGCUGCUGCUGCUGCAGAUCCCUUGUGGACAUUCUUCAGUGCUAUUGCUGGACAAGAUGGGGAAGUGGAUGCUGAGGAGCUACAGAGAUGUCUAACACAGUCCGGAAUCAAUGGAACUUAUUCUCCAUUCAGCUUGGAGACGUGCAGAAUUAUGAUAUCAAUGUUAGACAGAGAGAAUACUGGGAAAAUGGGAUACAAUGAAUUCAAGGAACUCUGGGCAGCUCUCAGUGCUUGGAAACAAAACUUCAUGAUGAUAGAUCAAGACCGAAGCGGAACGGUGGAACUUCAUGAAUUGACUCAAGUCAUUGUUGCUAUGGGCUAUAGACUAAGCCCACAGACCUUAAUUGCCAUAGUAAAACGUUACAGCAAGAAUGGCAGAAUUUUUUUUGAUGACUACGUGGCUUGCUGUGUAAAGCUUCGGGCUUUAACGGACUUUUUCAGGAGAAGAGACAGCAUGCAGCAAGGCAUUGUUAAUCUUGUCUAUGAUGAUUUCUUGCAGUGCACCAUGGCUAUCUGAGUGCCAAUUAUGGGGAAAAAAACAUCCAUGUAUAAUUUCAACUGCUUUGAGAAAACUAACUGAAAAUUCUGUGACGGGAAGGCUGCCAUUGAUUUUCCACACUUCUGCCUGCUAAUGCAUCAUUUCUGUAUAAAUAUCCUUGAUUUUUAGUGUGUAGUUUGACAAUAAACAAGUAUUCACAUUUUACAGGAAUCCUUAGAAGUGUGCCAUUCUUUAUGCAUAUGGAUGGUAGACUUUUUAUACCUUGGGGUUACACUCUCAGGAUUGUUAAAAGGGAACAAUCACAUUUCAUGUAACGGUUAUAAACAGGGUUCAGCUUAUCUUUAAAGUGGUCUGGCCUAGUACCUGUUUGCUUAAAUUGCAAUAAUGAUUGGCCACGGUGGUCAUUCUAGGGUUCUGCAACAUCAGCUAUUUCAUGUGCUCUGUGCCUGUGAAAGACUCAAUGCUGGGUUGCGAAGAAAGGAAUAAUUCAAUAGUUGUCUCAAGUAUGUACUUAAAACAAGCCUUUGGCUUUUUCAUCUUCUGAAUGUUCAGUAGAUUUAUUUGCUGUAGACUGGUAAAACAUAUUGAUAGUGCAAAUUAUAUUUAAUGGUAGAUGAACACAUCUUGCUUUUUUAUCCUCCUGAGGAAUUUUAUCCUCAGAAAUGUGUGCGAUUCUUUCAACCACCCAUUUCUCCCUUUAAGCUUAAAUGUUUGGGAAUCCCCUACUGGAUGAUUAAAAGAAUAGUGUGUGUGCAUGCCUUCAAGUUGCCUGUUGACUUAUAGCGACUCCAUGAAUUUUUUAGGGUUUUUGUAGGCAAAGAAUACUCGGAGGUGGUUUUGCCAGUUCCUUCCUCUGAAAUAUAGCUUACAGCACCUGGUAUUCAUUGGCAGUCUCCCAUUCAAGUCCUAAGCAGAGCUUACCCUGCUUAGCUUUCAAGAUAAGACAAGAUCUGGUGCCCUUGGGGUAUUUGGGCAGAAAGGAAUAAAAAGCAUGCAUAUACUCAGCUUCUUGCCUGAAACUCCAGCAGUUAGUGGAUAUAUCCUGUUGUGAAUGCUAAUAAUGGCUAGUUCCCUCCUUGCACAUUUUCUCUUAUCAGGAAAUAGAACCAUUGACUAUGGAGAAGCUGUUGGUGGGAUACAAUUUCUGACAUUAAGAUGUCAACCAAGAUUAUUCAGCAUGUUCCCACCCUCUCUCCAAGCAUCCUUGCUUCCAAAUGCAGUAUGCAAAUUGGGCCAUGGCAUUUCCCUUUAAAACAAACAAACUUUCCAGGCUUAAUCUUUAACCUCUUCAUGACUGGUGGUUUUUUUUAAAGUGAAACUUCAGUUUAGUAUAGCAGGUGAAAGAUGGCCAGUGUCCAGUGCCAUAACUAUUGUGUUUUUCUGCUUUGGAUCCUGUUAUGCUCUAUAGACUUUCUUUGUUAAGUUCUUUAUUUCUGCAUAAGGCCUUUUCAGUACACUCAGUUAAUCCACAAGUGGCUCACCGACUUUUGUAAAAAAGAGCACAGUUGGAUGGCCCCUCAGAUAUUGUCAUUAGAUGCAUAUAUUGAUAUUUCUUGACAUAUCUAAUGGCAGAAUUUUAAGUUGCAGACUUUGGCCAACUUGGAAGGAAAGGAUGUAUUGUUCAACUGCCAAACUAAAGACCACAGUCCAUCAUACUAUAAUGAAAAUGUAGAGUCAAUUUGCCUGACUAUUGUAGUACAACUUUCUAAUGCUAAGGAAGAUGGUUGUUAACAUGGAAUCAGUAAGAUGCAUAUAAUGCUUUAGUAAUUUAUGUCUUGCUGUAUUCAUAUAGUUUUACUAGUACAUUGGGUUUUUAAAACAUUGUCUUGCAUUAUCUCAAUUUCUGUAACUUGUUUUGGCCAUUUCAGUUCAAAGUUCUGAAAUCACUCGCAUUAUUCCAUCUGCGUAUUUUGCUGUUCACAACUGUCAUAUAAUAGCUGUAGAUUAUCUGCUACAUAGAGAUUUUCAGACUUAAUGAAAUAACUGGAUAUUGUUCUAACUGUAUAAGUGCUCUUGUAGUAACUAUUUUCAGUGCCAUCUGAGGCAAUUGUUUGGAAAUAAAAUGUGGCGCUUGCUUUGUAUUA